AUGUCUUUCGUACCGCCCAACAAGCUGCGAUCGACGAGUUCCACAACCUCAGCCACAGGUCGAGCUGUCACUCCCGUAUCGACAUCCCGUCGUUCCACAACCACGUCUCCUCCGCCAUCGGCCUCUUUGAAGCUCAAGCCAAAGACCCCCGAUCCCCGCGUACUGCGCGCCCUGCACCAACCCAACGACACGAUGGACAUGUACCAGCUGGGUCCUGUGAUCGGCCACGGGCGCUUUGGCAAGGUGCGCCGAGCCACCCAUCGACUGACAGGCCAAGUGGUGGCUAUAAAAGUCUACAACAAGGCCCAGCUUAGUCUCGACACGGACCAAAUUCCCCUCAUUCGAAAAGAGGUGGAUAUUAUGAAAGAAGUCGACCACCCAAACGUCGUGCGGUUGUAUGAAAUCCUCGAAACCGCCGAGUACAUUUUGAUAGCCAUGGAGCUGUGCGAAGGGGAAGACUUGGGCAAGUACAUUCGUAGACGAACGCGGGUGCAAGAAGCCACCGCGCGAGCCAUAUUCAGCCAACUGGUCGAUGCGAUUUCGUAUCUGCAUCGUCAAAAUAUCAUUCACCGCGACAUCAAACCAGAAAAUAUAUUUGUACACGACCACACGAACAACCCACCCACAGUCAAGAUCGUGGACUUUGGGCUUGGCUCUCGGGACUUGGACCAUUCCAAGAAAUUGUCGGCAUUUUGCGGCACGCCAGCGUUUAUGGCGCCCGAAAUCAUCUUUCAAGAAACCUACGAUGGCAAACCUGUGGAUGCAUGGAGUUUGGGGGUCGUGCUGUACUUGAUGACGGUGGGAAGAACCCCGUUUGACGGCAAAACCACCGACGCAUUGUACAAGAAAGUGCUCGGCGGAGCGUUCGACAUCCCAUCGACCGUGUCGCCCGAGCUACGCGAUCUCAUGGGCGCUAUCUUGGUCGUGGAUGCAAACGAUCGCAUGCGGGUAGAGCAUAUUCGACAUCACACGUGGCUGGGUAUGGAGAACCAACACGUAUUGUCAUCUGAGAUCUCGUCGUCGCUGUUCGUGGCCAACGCCGCUCUGCACAGCGAGAUCCUUGCCGAGAUGGACGGAUACGGAUUGAACCGCAUGCAGUUGCAUGACGACUUGGCGUCCAAAACGUACAACGCGGCCACGACAUGGUAUCGCUUGUUGCACCUUCGCCACCUCAAGUCCACGAAAGCAGCCACGCGCUCCUUCGCCGAAGCAGACCCUUCAACUGCCCUCAGCUCCGUGGACUUCACCCGCUUCCUUCAAGAUCGCAUUGCCAAAGCCAAAACGCUUGGUUAA